GGUGUGUCUCCUUUGCGAUUUCAUAAACUGAAUGAAAUUUAGUGCUGUACUCAUCAACCAUUAAGUGACCUAUUAAGAUACAUACAUUUUCUCUCUUUUGCGAAGUCCAGUAGUAUCCUCUUUUUGAUACCACUUACGUUUCUUCUUCCAAUUCCCAUCCCCUUGCUAAAGUAAACUCCGUUAAACUAAAGACAUCAUACGACACAUUUUUUUUUUUUUUUUUAAAAUUCGGAAACAUAAAUUCCUCGUCUCGGUAUCAAUGCGAUUGUCCCACUGUUUUCCUCCUGUAACUCCCUCUUUAGCGACAGAGACAAACAUACCCUCUUUGUCAGUACAGUGUUGGGUUCCCUCUCGUUCCUGUUAUGCGUGUGUUGUCUUCCUCAGGUGUCUUGGAUCAGGCGUCGCGACCACCACCUCAUCACGGUUGGCGCCAACACCUACUCAAAUGACGAGCGCUUUCAGGUCACCUUCUCCGAGAAACUCCAGGACUGGACUCUGCACGUGCACUACGCACAGCCCAGGGACGCCGGGGUGUACGAGUGUCAGCUGUCAGCACAUCCUCCAAUGGGCGUCUUCACUACACUCAAUGUUAUAGAGGCCAUCGCAGAGAUCAUCGGCGGGCCAGAGCGGUACGUACAGAAGGGCAGCGCCGUACGACUCACGUGCGCGCUCCGGCAGUUCACCGAACCUCCAACCUACGUCUUCUGGUUCCACGGUGAACAUAUGGUUAAUUACGACUCGAACAACCGGAUAACGGUGUUGAGCACGACAGGUGAGAGCGAGCUGAGAAUCUCCGACGUGGACAAGACUGACUCUGGGAACUACACGUGUCAGCCAGCGAAUGCGAGGGCGGCAUCCGUGUCCCUUCAUGUUAUAACUGGCGAGACUCCAGCCGCCAUGCAGCGUGCUAGUGCCACUGAGGUCCAGGAUCGCCUCAGCCUGGCACUGGUGUCUGCCCUCGUUGCACUCAUUGCCCUGUAGUGGCCUGGAAUGACGAGUGCAAUUGAAAAAAAUAACUGCAAUGUAUUUUUUUCUUAUCUGAGUGGGUAAAAAAAAAUCACAAUGUGAAGAUAAUUGUUCAUAGAUAAAGAAGUGAUGUUUUUUGUUUUGAAAUCUAUAUUCUGCGAGAAGAAGGAAUUACUUUGUGUACAUGCUUUCAAGAAAGAGAACUGAGAAUAGGACGUGUAUUGUCCUGAAUUGUAGGAUGCUGGAGCUUCAGAUAUCAGUCGUCGGUUAAUAAGCUUUAUACGUUAUCAUACGAACCAGUGAACACACUUGUGUGAUACCACACACAUCCACACAUACACCUCACAUACUCACACAACACAUA